AAACAAACUUUGACCUUAAAGAAACCCUUAAACUUUGAACUUUCCCCUUGUAUAGUCCCUUCCCGCCCUCCUGCUCUCUCCACUGCUAACCGCCGCGAGGAAGAAGCCAUGGAGAUCACGUUCACUGGCAAGCGCGCGCUCGUGACGGGAGCCGGAAAAGGCAUCGGGAGAGCCACAGCUUUGGCGUUAGCGCGCGGCGGUGCGGAAGUGGUAGCGGUCACGCGCACACAGGCUGACCUGGACACGCUUGUGCACGAGUGCCCUUCUAUUAAGCCUGUGUGUGUGGACUUGGCGGAUUGGGAUGCUACAGAGCACGCGCUGAAGGAUGUGGGUCCUAUUGACCUGCUGGUAAACAAUGCAGGCUGCGCCAGGCUGCAAUCCUUCCUCGAGAUCACGCAGGACAGCUUUGAUAUGUCUUUCAACGUCAAUGUGAAAGCAGCCCUGCAUGUUGCACAAAUUGUGGCCAGAGGAAUGAAAGCCAGGGGAGGUGGUGGCUCCAUCUUGAAUAUCUCCAGCCAAGCGUCCCACCGUGCCUUUAAAGACCAUGCUGUGUACUGUGCUACCAAAGGAGCGCUCGACAUGCUGACUAAAGUGAUGGCUCUGGAGCUGGCGCCCUACCAGAUCAGAGUGAAUUCUGUAAACCCAACUGUGGUGUUAACGGACAUGGCAAAGAUAGGAUGGAGUGACCCCGUGAAGGCCAACGCCAUGAUAUCACGUAUCCCUAUGGGCAAAUUUGCCGAAGUGGAGGAUGUGGUCCAUGCCAUACUGUUUCUGCUCUGCGACAAGAGCGCCAUGACUAACGGAGCGUUCCUGCCGAUAGAUGGAGGCUUCCUGGCCAGCUAGAUUCAGCUAUGGGAAUUGAGGAUUGACAGAGCUUGAAGGAAAAAUAUUAAAUUUCGGACACACACAUCAUGUCCUACCGUAAAAAUUAUAUUGUACAGAAGUGAGAGGUUGUUCUCUCCCAAUUAGUAACUGAAAAUCUGUACUACUGAGAAGAUGGUUGUAAUGGUGGCACAAAUACAAAUACAUGGGCUGAAUUAAAUUGUUCUUGAAGGUA